GAAACACUCCUUUACAUCUUGCUGUGAUGUUAGGAAAUAAAGAAUGUGCCCAUUUACUUUUGGCUCACAAUGCUCCAGUAAAGGUGAAAAAUGCUCAGGGAUGGAGCCCUCUGGCGGAAGCCAUCAGCUAUGGAGAUAGACAGAUGAUUACAGCUCUUUUAAGGAAGCUUAAGCAGCAAUCCAGGGAAAGUGUUGAAGAAAAACGACCUCGAUUACUAAAAGCCCUGAAAGAGCUAGGUGACUUUUAUCUAGAACUUCACUGGGAUUUUCAAAGCUGGGUGCCUUUACUUUCCCGAAUUCUGCCUUCUGAUGCAUGUAAAAUAUACAAACAAGGUAUCAAUAUCAGGCUUGACACAACUCUCAUAGACUUUACUGACAUGAAGUGCCAACGAGGGGAUUUAAGCUUCAUUUUCAAUGGAGAUGCAGCGCCCUCUGAAUCUUUUGUAGUGUUAGACAAUGAACAAAAAGUUUAUCAACGAAUACACCAUGAGGAAUCAGAGAUGGAGACAGAAGAAGAGGUUGACAUUUUAAUGAGCAGCGAUAUUUACUCUGCAACUUUAUCAACCAAAUCAAUUUCUUUCACACGUGCCCAAACAGGAUGGCUUUUUCGGGAAGAUAAAACAGAAAGAGUAGGAAACUUUUUGGCAGACUUUUAUCUGGUGAAUGGACUUGUUUUAGAAUCAAGGAAAAGAAGAGAACAUCUCAGUGAAGAGGAUAUUCUUCGAAAUAAGGCCAUCAUGGAGAGUUUGAGUAAAGGUGGAAACAUAAUGGAACAGAAUUUUGAGCCGGUACGAAGACAGUCUCUUACUCCUCCUCCCCAAAACACUAUUACGUGGGAAGAAUAUAUAUCUGCUGAAAAUGGAAAAGCUCCUCAUCUGGGCAGAGAAUUGGUGUGCAAGGAGAGUAAGAAAACAUUUAAAGCUACCAUAGCCAUGAGCCAGGAAUUUCCCUUGGGGAUUGAGUCAUAUACCCGUGUUUCCCACGAUCACAGCCACUGUGACUUUUCAGGAGUUUCGAUAUGAUGAGUUUGAUGGCUCUAUCUUCACUAUACCUGAUGACUACAAGGAAGAUCCAAGCCGUUUUCCUGAUCUUUAGCUGACAUGGAAAAUGAGGCUACCUAACCAAGGAAAGAGGAUAGAGACCCCAGAAGUGGACCUAAAUAGGAGGAGGGACACAUGUUUUCAGUGAAGAAAAGGGAAUUAUACAUUGAAUCGACACAUCAGUGAUAUGAUAAAAUGAAAUGGGCCUCUAAUAAGAAUUUCAGCAAGUUUUCUGAUGUGCCAUUUUCAGUCUUUUUAAAAAUACACAUAUUAUAAGUGUAAUAGUUUGACACAUUAAUGACCCUAAGACCUUCGUAUGUAAAGCAGCUAUGAGUGCUGUGAUUUGUUUUUAAAAAUUUUUACACUUCUUGUUGAAAUAUAUAUGCAUAUAAAUAUAUCUAUAUCUAUAUCUAAAACACUCCUGGACCAUUAACGUAAAUUAAAUGUCUUAAGAAAUAUGAAGCCCUUUUAAAUGUGUCAUCUUAUAUUCAAGGUGACAUUUAUAAAUAUUCCCUCAAGCUUUGUUUUCAUAGAAUGUAAACUAUGUAACAUUAUGUAUAGUUCAGUAAUUUGAAUGUUCGAUAUAAUGAACUAGAAGGAAUGCAGUUUUCUGUAGAUAAAUGAACCAAAUGGUAACCAUUAAACAAUUGCAUAUAUAUGUUGCAAUACAUUUCAGAAGGAGCGUUCACUCUUCAGGGAAUAAGGUACCUCCUUUAGCACCUUAGUGCAAUUCAUUGUGGUGCUAUUUGUUUUUACCUGAAUUAUUUCUCCAAUGGAAAAUGUUUGGUACUAAUCUUCCUUUCAUAGAACCUCUAUUUUUUUUCUAAACUUGAGUUUAAGAGUCUUGUUAUGUUCAUAUAUGAUAUUUAGCAUGCUUAAAGAUACUCCUCUUCCAAAUCGUAGCACUUUAAAAAAAAAAAAAAAAACUCCAAAUUUUUUAACUUGCUUCCUAAUAAGUGCACAUCAGUCUGAUUAUUUUGUUUAUUUUUAGUGGAAUAUGGAUGCAUUGGUGUCAGUUUAAAAAAAAUCUACAUAUUUUAGACAACCCUACACAUGUAAUGCUUUCAAAAUAAGGUAUAAACAUUUUAUAUACUAACAAUAUAUUUGCUACAAGUUAAAGUCCAGAAGUAUACACAAGAAUGACAACUUCUAUUGUUUAUUUUUUUGGGGGGUCACAGGGAAAUAUUUAUUGAUUUUAAUUGUCUCCAAAGUGUUCAAAUCAUGCAUCACUCAUUUUUGCACUUAAAAUUUUUCAUAUUUAUUCCAAGACGGUUUGAAGGUUCAAGAAUGAAAAUACAUUAGGGAGAAUAAUGUAUAACAGUUAUAAAAUGUCAUGUUGUAUUAAAGAGCUUAGUUAAAUGUUUUUUAAAUGUUUUUUAAAUGAUGAUGAAUGUGUCAAGAAUGCAUCUGUCAAGUUUUUUUUUUAGACUGAUUAGUAGUUUAAGCUUUUUCCAGGACUUUAGACCAUUUGAAAUGCGUUUAGAGACCCUUAUUGAAAAGGUGAUUUACUUCAAAAUCCAAAGCAUCAAUGAUAAGAACAUUUUUAUAAUAAACAUCUUUAAAGCUGCAUCAUCCAUACUGGUACAUGCAUUGCAUAUGUUGACAUUUUAUUAAAAUCAUUUUACAAUGAAGAAAAAUAACCAUAGUUAAAAAUUCAAAGACCUAAUUACUACCUUACAUGGGUCUGUUGAAUUUUGAGGAAAGUAUUGGUAAACCCAGACUGAUUGAAGUUGAUCCCUAUUAUUUAGGAAAUGGUUGUAGAUCAAGUGUCUUAAGAGACUGAAUUAUUCUAUCAGUGGUUAUAUGAGGUUUGAGACACUGAAAGGCAGUGAUUACUGCUGCUUUUAGCCUCCUUUACUUUGUAGGAGUGUAGUACACUUUCAGGAACAUACUAUGGAUUUUUUCAUUAGUGCAGAUACCUUAGGUAAAAAACAUUGUACAUUGCAGCCUGGGGCUUAUCAGUUUUCUAACAGCUGUGAAUACACUGGAGUGCACUGGAAGUAGGAAGACUACUGAAAACUCUUGCACUGGGAUUUUGUUUUUAAGACUCUUUUUAAAAGAAUAGUAGAAACAGAUUAUCCAUUCCAAAAUGUCUUUUAUCACAGAGCAAACAGAUGUCAGUAUCUCUUAUGAUGGUGGAAAAAAGGAAUUAAUACAAAUAAACUUUUCACAAUAUUAGA